CUCAGAUCAUCUUUAAAACGUAGCGUGGGAGGGAGAACGGCGGACAGCAGCAGCCGGGAGGCCAAAAUGUUCAUCAAACGAGAAGUGUGGAUGGCUUGAUGCAGCAAGAAACCAACGUGAUCUGUGGGAGUGGAUCUGAUGGCCUCGGUGGAGUUACUCUACAUAGAUAAUAGAGGGGGAAGACCUGAUCCUCCCAGAGUACUGGAUUGGUCUUCAAGCCCACUUCAUGUUCACAGGCUAAGCAGUUCAGUGCAAGAAGCUUCUCCCACUCUGAAGGCGCCUGCCUGUGAGGGACAGUGUAAUUCAGCACCAAGGACGGCUCCCAUCAGAGGACAGCAUGGCCAGCACCGGCAUCAGCCCCUAGAGAAGGUCAGGGUGUGUUGUGACGAGGAGCUGGAGACCUCGUUCGCAUACAUCGAUGAAAAUGUCAAUCUCAGGUUGGCCACACCAGACACAAGUGAGAAAAGUGCUCACCGUGCGACUGUGCUCCAUGAUUCCUCAAGCGAAAUCCGUCCCGAGGGCCUCCAGGAGUUGUCACUGAUGUCUGACGUCGACCUCAGCUCAGAGAGUUCUGGGAAAUCCGUGGAUUACGGAUUCAUCAGUGCAGUCACAUUCCUCAUCACGGGGAUCUCGCUUGUGAUCAUAUCGUACACGGUCCCUCGUGACGUCAGGGUGAAGAACGACAACGUCUCUGCACGUGAAAUGGAAAGACUCGAGAACGAGAGCGCCAGGAUAGGUGCGCACCUUGACAAGUGUGUUAUUGCUGGCCUUUGCUUUCUCACCUUAGGCGGAGUGGUGCUAUCCACUUUGCUAAUGAUUUCAAUGUGGAAGGGUGAGAUGUACAGGAGGAAAGCCUUUGCUUAUUCAAAGCACUCUGCAAAGCUCUAUGGUUCGAUUAAUUUAAGAACAAGAUCGAGUCCCAGCUGCUCAUCGCCACCGCGUAGUUUGGUCGAGGAGGAGAAUGGCAAUGCCAUUAGUUGACUGUUUUUUUAUAUUAAUUUCUAGGGGACUGACAUCAUGACAUUACCAUUUCCAGCAUGGCCAAAAGAGCUUGUUUUUCAACCUUGUAUCAGUGACAAUUGCUUAAUGAUGCCGAAAAAACAUAAUUUCAGAAAACAGAUUUCUCAGGCUUCAGAAAUACACAGCAUGAUAUCAUGUAUUAAUCAUAAAGCAAUAUGCUUUUUGAAGAAGCACGUUAGAAACUUAAGGUUGUGUGUCAAGAAGUUAAAUGAAGUUGCUCGUAGUAUUCAAACCCUACUUUCCAAGCUGACAAUGAGAGAUCUGAAAGAAAUGAGUCCUGUUGUACAGAAACCUGCUGCUAAGACUGACAAUCCUACUGCCUCUUUCUUACUCUUUCAGAAAACUGAAAUCAAAUGUUUCCACUUCAGCCAUUUCAUCAUGGUAUGUAGAGUGAUUGAGGGCUAUAGAUUCUGGUUUAGAGCACUUCAGUUCCUCAGAAAGCAUUGAGAAAUCACUGAGAAAAUGCCCGCGUAUAAUUGUGGUGUUUUUGCCAUUAGGCCAUCUAUCACUCGCACCCCCACCCCCCACCAAGUGCUAAAAUCUUUAAUAAAUAUUUAAUGGAGGAAGCUGCCACACAAUGA